UCGGCUGCGGAAGUGUUUGCACUUUGCUGUAACUAAGCAAGUAGGUACAUCGGUUUAAUAGCCGUUACCCGUCCUUCUCGUUAAAUAAUUGUAGUUAAAAUCAAGGUGUCAUUAACAACUUGAUGUUCAUCUUUGGCUAGUACGACGCGAUACCUUUCGUGGGAAUAAAGUAUUUUUUUGUUGUCUCUUCUCUAAUACAUUCUCCAAAAAUGGUGCAGUCUUCCAACACCUGUCAAAUUUCAAAUUCACAAAUUCAUCUUCCUACACUUAUUAAACAGUUAGGAAAUGAAAAAGUGAUUUUAGACAAACUCCCACUCAUAUUAAGACACACUAGAGUUAUCUCCAAUGACUUCCAAACCAAUGAUGACAAAGUAAAAGUAACAAAUGAUGAUUGUGAUGAAUACUUUUUCCAAGAACCAGGAAAGAAAAAGCCGAUGAAAGUCAGUAAAGCUUAUUGUUCUAAAUGUGACGAGACAGUUGACGAUGCAAAGUCUACAGAGAAAUUCUGUCCAUUUUGCAAAACAAUGCUCUCUUACAAAUGCAUGAAUUGUAAUUUGCAAUUUUCUGCAUAUAGUAACUUGUACUAUCACUUACAAAACUCGUGUGAACCACCCAUACCUCAUCAUUCAGCUCACACUCUUAAAGUGAAAAAUAAGAAGAUAAAAGAUAGUAAGUUUGUACGGAAAUUAAAGUCAGUUACACAUAAUGAAGCGCAAAAGAUCAAAGUUUCUCUAGUAAAGUCUAAAGCAACAAAAAAUGCUGAUACUACGAAAAAUAAGGACGCUAUUAUAAAGAAAAAGACACCUGUUACUACGACCCUCACAAAGAAUGAUAAAGCAAAGCCCAAGAUUGUAACUGAAAACAAUUCUGUUAAUGGACUCAAAGACAAGACAAAUGUCAAUAAGAACAAAACAAAAUCUCUUUCAAUGACCAAUGACUCUGAGAAGAGUGCUACACUUGAAAAAGUAGCAAAACGCAAUAUUGAGCCUUUUGAGAACAACUUGCAAGUUCUAGAAAGUAAGAGCAAUCAUACGUCACUUGAUAAUUUGACAGAUCUUGAUGAAUCGGUUGUGGUGGAAUACAAUAAUACAAAAUUUCUUGUAACUCCUCUUCAGCCAAAAUCCACGGUAUUACGAAAACUAUGCAUUCCAUGUAAGAGUAAAAUCCAUCAUAUGAAAUUAAAAAGCUGUACCAGCUGUCACAAACCUUUAACUACACAAUGCAUCAAAUGCGGGAAGCUCUUCCCUUCCGUUAAUGGCGCGAAUCCUCAUUUAGAAAGUUGCAAUCCAGUAUCGACGUUUUGUUGUUCCAAUUGUGAAUUUAAAACCACUAAAAGAUAUACUAUACGAGACCACAUAUCCUUGAGAUGUGCAUUUUUAAUUAAAAAUACUUGCAAUGAUUCCGAAAACAUAGUCGUGUGUAAGGGCUGCAAGCAAGCCUUUACAACUAUGCAACGUUAUAGAAUGCACCAACAAUACUGUUCUGUACUGAGAUGUAGCUUUUGUCCUUAUAAGACAAAGUACAAAGCAGCUUUCACUAUCCACUUGAAACGUCAUGGACAGAAUAAAAAAAAUGGACCGAAUUAUCAUCAUGCUCCUCCCAAGUACACAAUAAAACACAAUUCGGGUAUAUUGAAUAAGAUCAAGGAGUAUUGUCCAAAAUGUAAGUGUUCACAAAAUUACGAUAAUAAAAUUAAGAGAAUUAGCUGUUCUAAAUGCAAAACCAUGAUUAAGUGGAAGUGUGAGCCAUGUGAUAAAUCUUACAACAACAUUAUGACUUGUAAGCACCACAUAAAAGUAACGCACAUUGAAGAAAAACACGCUGUAACGUGUACUAACUGCCAAAAAAAAUUUAUAAAUUACUUAAAAUUCAGAAUUCACAUAAAAACUUGUGUUAAAAAACCAGGUGUGAAAUGCCAAUAUUGUGAUUUUGCGACAAAAUACGCACACAAAAUUAAAUUGCAUCACAAAGAGAAUCAUCCCACUGUACCCUUGGAUGAAAAAAUAUUUAAAUAGAGAGAAAAAUGCAGCAAAAAAUAUUUGGAGCCGUAUGAAAGAAAUUUGCCUUAUACAUAUUUUAACCUUGAGUGAGACUCUUUUUUCAUUUUUUUAUGUCUUGCAGAUGUGUGUUGGAACACCGUUGUGCAUAAAAGAUACAUGAUAAGAUAAUUUUUCAUUUUUUACUAUAAUUACUUUUAAGGACU